AUAUUUUGUUUCGGAAACACGGUCCUCGCGCUAAUAAGCUUGGCGCGCUUGGAGCAAAAUCUUUUUUAUAAAGUUACCGAGUCGUCGCCGCAACCACCGCAACUCUAAAUCGGAUCGCAGCUAAAAUUUGUGUCACAAAUAUCAAUAGCAAUUAAAAUAGUGAAUUUUUCUGGUUUUGCAAAAUGGAAGAAAGUGAGACUGACCUAGAAGUUGACGUGGGUGCAUUUACAUUGGAAGAUACUUACGACAAUUUAAAAGAUGUGAAAGCUGAGCUACAAUACGAAAUUGACGAAUUGACUGCUCGCACAUCCAACAACUUAUUUGGAAGUCUGUUGGAUAGCAUUAAACGAGAUGAAAUAAAUCAUCGACAGCAUACAUACACAAGGGGACUCUUGGAUAACCUGCACCUUCAAGAACCGAGACUUCUACCACAUCCAAAAACCAUAGAUUUGCAGAAUAAUAUAGUUCAAGAUUUUAUGGAAAGUUUAAUGGACACUCAAAAAAUACUUAUGAGCAUCCAAACAAAUGUGGAAAAAUCUAAAAUGAAUAUUGCUUAUUUAGAAAACAACAAAACUGGCUUGGAAAAAAUGGCAAGCGCCUGUCAAAAUGCUAUAGAAAAUGUUGAUAUUCAUCCCACUUAUAAAAAGGAAAUUGAAAUCACCAAGAGAAUAUUCAAUGAAGUAAAAACCGAUUUGUUCACUUUAGUGAAUACGAUUUUCCCGGACAAUUCGGGCUUCAGCAUUGUGUUGGCUGACAUAACUAAAGCAUACACACAAGGAGGGGAUGAUGUUUACAUCAAUGUUGAGCCAGAAAAUCUAGUUUUUGCCAAAUUCCUUGUCGAAGCUGAUAUAGCGGUAUACCAUCGCAAUGAUAGAAGUAAAAUAAAAAUGACCGAGCUGCUCUAGUAUAGUUUUCAAUUUUUGAUUAAACAAUCUGCAUAGGUUAAGAAAUUUAGAACAUUUAUUUUUUAUACAAAUAAAAAUGAACAUGUGGAAAAGUUUUACCAUA